UCGAUCCUUCCAAGCGGCGUGUGCGUGCACGUCAAACAUCUGCAGGUUGGUUUCGUUUUCGUUUUGUACGUUUGCCGAUGAUCAUUACGUCACUCGACGUUAUGAUGUUAUUCCACAUGCUUUUGUACCGCCAAGGAAGGCAAGUGAUCUAAGUCACGUGAUGGCGUCUCCGGACCUGGCGGACCUGUCUCGUCUCUACCAGACAGAGUUCGUGCGUAGUGCGCGUGCGGUGGGCGUGCUUUGGGCCGUGUGCACGCUGUGCUUCGCCGUCAUCCAGGUGGUGGUUCUGGUGCAGCCGUCAUGGAUCGGAACUUCAGAUUCCCACCACCCGGGAGUAGGAACAGCUCCACCUAGCGGCACCCUGGGAUUAUUUGAGGUGUGCCUGGAGUCGGACCGUCCGGUUCCAGAUUGUCGCGGUCGUUUGUCUAGUCUGUCGCCUCUGCCGUCCUUCCAGUCGGUGGCGGUCCUGGUGGGCGUGUCCCUGUGGGCGGUGUGGACCAGCGUGUUGUGUCUUUGCCUGUUCCGCUUCUGCAGCGCCGCCACCGUGUACAAGAUCUGUGCCUGGUUGCAGCUCACUGCAGGAUUCUGCUUGGCACUGGCCUGUCUCCUGUUCCCUGACUCGUGGGAGAGCCCGGAGAUGAGAGUUCUGUGUGGGGACUCGGUUGGCAGCUUCUCAUCCGGGAACUGCUCGGUCCACUGGGCCUACAUCCUGGCUAUUCUGGGGGUCUUGGACGCCGCCAUCUUGGCCACAUUGGCCUUCGUGCUCGCCAACAGACAGGACGCUCUCCUGCCGCCGCUCAGCAAGGAAGUGACUACGGGGCUGCUGAUGUCAGCGUAGACGUCAUGUGACUCUUCUUCUUCUGGUCCUCUUCGACAAGUCGUCUUCCUCGUUCUGAUGCUCCGAUAGCCUCGCAUAGCAUAGUUAGCAUCAGCCUCGACCUUUGACUAUUGUGUCCGUGGUAGCCAUGUAAACAAAUAAAACAUCUUGAAA